CCCUUCUGCCCAACCCACCGGGCAAUAAAUUCACGUGCCUAUUCCCCCCUAACCACGCGUUUCUCCUUCUCCCCCUCUCCUACUUUUUUGUUCUUCUCUUUUUCACAGCAUCAUUUUUAUUGCCUUUUUUCCCUUUUCAGCCAUUUCCUCAUCCAUCUGCCGCUGCCCCGUCGCCCACCAUGGACAAGGAGCAGUUGGCCCAGCUCCUUCAGGCGAGCCAAAUUCGUACGUGCCACCCCGGACACCCCAGCGCACUGAUGAGGCCUCGGAUGGGACCCCUGCUUGUGGUCCCGUCCUCCGUUUCGUCUCCCGACACCGAAAAGGUCAAGGCCGUCACCGCCGAGCUCCAAAAAAACUACUACUCCCAACCCCAGUCGCUCCUCCUCCUCACAGAGAUCGCCGUCUCCCAUAAUGACCCGGCCAUCCGCCAGCUCGCCUCCGUCCAGGCCCAGCGCCUGGUCCCCAAACACUGGCUGACCCUGCCCGCCGACCAGCGCGAUGCCGCCCGGAACCACCUCCUCGAGAGCGCCGUCGGCGAGCAGUCCGCCGCCGGCCGCCAUGCCAAGUGCCGUCUGCUCGCCCGCGCCAUCAGCACCGACCUGGAGAAGGAGUCCGAGUCCGGCCCAGGCUCCGGUUCCGGCUCCGCCUCCGUCUCCAGCCUGCUCGCCCUCGUGAGCCAGGACAACCAGGCCGCCCGCGAGGUCGGCUCCUACACCCUCUACGCCGUCCUCGAGGAGGACCCCACCCACUUCCACGAGCAGGUGCCCCAGCUGCUCAACGUCCUCAAGGCCACCAUCCAGGACCCCACCAGCAGCCACGUCCGCCUCAACUCCGUCAAGGCCAUCGGCUCCAUCCUCAUGCUGGUCGACCCGGAAGACGACCAGGAGAGCCUCGCCUCGGUGCAGUCCUUCGUCCAGCCCAUCGUCGAGAUCCUCAAGGCCGCCAUCGAGGCCGAGGACGACGAGCAGUACAAGCCCAUCUUCGAGAUUCUCCAAAACUUCCUCGCCUACGACCCGGCCUUCCUGGCCCACCACCUCAAGGACCUCAUCCAGUUCUUCAUCGACCUGGCCUCCAACAAGCAGGUCGACGACGAGGCCCGCUCCCAGGCCCUCUCCUUCCUCGCCCAGUGCGCCCGCUACCGCCGCAUGAAGAUCCAGUCCAUGAAGGACAUGGGCGCCCAGCUCAUGGUCAAGAGCAUGCACAUCCUCACCGAGGUCGAGGACGAGGCCGACCCGGACGACACCUCCCCGGCCAAGACCGCCCUCUCUCUCAUCGACCAGCUGGCCAGCGACCUGCCCCCGCGCCAGGUCAUCGUCCCCUUGCUCGACCACUUCGCCCAGUUCGCCCGUCACCCCGACCCGGGCUUCCGCAAGGCCGCCAUCCUCGCCCUCGGCACCUCGGCCGAGGGCGCCCCGGACUUCAUCGCCACCCAGCUCAAGUCCCUGCUGCCCGUCAUCGUCGAGCUGCUCAACGACCGGGACGACAACGUCCGUUACGCCGCCCUCAUCGGCCUCAUCCACAUCGCCGACGAGAUGGCCGACGAGCUGGCCCCGCAGCACGAGGACCUCAUCGCCGCCCUGCUCCGGAACCUCGAGGCCGCCACCCAGGACGGUUCCAAGAAGGCCGUCGGCGUCAUCCGCUCCGUCUGCAGCGCCCUCGACUCCCUCCUCGUCGGCGACGGCCUCGAGCCCGACGUCAUGAAGACCUUCGGCCCCAAGCUGAUCGUCCCCAUGGGCAAGCUGCUCAACCACGACGACCACGGCAUCAAGGCCGCCGCCGCCGGGGCCAUCGGCGCCAUCGCCUUCUCCAUGGGCGGCGACGACUUCAAGCCCUACUUUGAGGAGGUCAUGGCCGCCCUCGGGAAUUACGUCACCGUCACGGGCGACGACGACACCCUCGCCCUGCGCUCGUCCGUCUGCGACGCCAUGGGCCGCAUCGCCGGCGCCGUCGGCCCCGAGGCCUUCCAGCCCUACGUCGUCGACCUGAUGAAGGCCAGCGAGGAGGCCCUGUCCCUCGACAGCGCGCGCCUCAAGGAGACCAGCUUCAUCCUCUGGGCCUCCCUCUCCAAGGUCUACGGCCUGCACUUCUCCCACUUCCUCCCCGGCGUCUUCAAGGGCCUCUUCGAGUGCCUCGACGCCGAGGACGAGGAGCUCUCCAUCCCCGGCCUCAGCCCGGAGGACGCGCCCGACGGCGUCGUCACCAUCGGCGGCCGCCGCAUCAAGGUCAAGCCCGCCGAGGACGAGGUCGACCAGGUCAUCGCCAUGGGCGGCGGCGGCGGCGGCGACGGCGACGACGACGACGACGACGACUGGAUCGACGACCUCGCCGGCGUCACCGCCGUCGACAUGGAGCAGGAGAUUGCCCUCGAGGUGGUCGGCGACCUCGUCACCCACUCGUGCGACGCCGCCGCCAUCAAGGAGUACCUCGAGCCCGCCAUGGAGAAGAUCCUGCCGCACGUCGAGAGCGCCUACGACGGCAGCCGCAAGGCCGCCCUGGCUACCCUCUGGCGGUCCUACGCCCGUGUUUGGCAGCUGAUGGAGGAGCAGACGGGUCAGAAGUGGCAGGCCGGCAUUCCUCUCAAGCACCAGCCGGAUGCCACCCUCACUGCUCUGGGCAGCAUGGUCGCCAAGGCCACCUUGAUGCUCUGGGCUGAUGAUAACGAGCGGGACGUCAUCACCGAGAUCAACCGUAAUGUCGGUGCCACUCUCAAGGCCUGCGGUCCCGCGAUCCUCACCCAAGAGGAUAUGCUCAAGCAGGCCGUGACCGUGCUGGGCACUAUCAUCACCCGGUCGCACCCUUGCCAGCAGGAUCUGGGCGACGAGGAGGAGGAGCAGGACGCCGAGGGCGGUUCCUCGGAAUUCGACUGGCUCGUCAUCGACACGGCCCUAGACGUCAUCCUCGGCCUCGCCACCGCGCUCGGCCCCGAUUUUGCCGAGCUGUGGAAGGUGUUCGAGAAGCCCGUGCUCAAGUUCGCCAGCUCGCAGGAGGGCCUCGAGCGGUCGACCGCCGUGGGCGUCAUCGCCGAGUCGAUCAAGUUCAUGGCCAACGCCGUCACCCCCUUCACCGGCUCCCUCCUCCCCGUCCUCUUCCACCGCCUCUCGGACGAGGACACGCUCGCGCGGUCCAACGCCGCCUACGCCAUCGGCCAGCUCAUCUUCCACUCGGCCGACACCAACGCCACUUUCCCCCGGUAUACCGAUAUUCUGCACAAGCUCGAGCCGCUGCUGCAGAUCCGGGAGGCGCGUCUGGUCGAUAACGUCUCGGGCUGCAUCUGCCGCAUGAUCGACGUCAACCCUGAUCCCGCUCUGGUGGAGAAGGUGUUGCCCGCCGUGCUGGAUGUGCUGCCCCUGAGCGAGGACUUUGAGGAGAACGAGCCCAUCUACCGGUGCAUCUUCAAGCUCUACGACCAGCAAAACCCUGCUGUCCAGGCUCUGACACCGCGGGUUCUCCCCAUCCUGCACAAAGUCCUCAGCCCGCCUGAGGAGCAGCUGGAGCCUGAGACGCGGGCUCUGGUGCAGAAGCUGGUGCAGGGGCUUUCGUAAGGAGGCAAGGACGAGGCGGCAAAUGGGAUGAGGAUAUCAAAAACAAAAAGGGGUCAUGUCAUGUGAAGCGAUGCCGGGAGAAUAUAAUGAGUGACGAAUGGAUGAGAUUCCCGUUUUCUUUUCUUGUUUUGGCUGGUAUAGAUGAAUCAGGGCUGGACCGCUUGUUGCAAGGAGCUUGAGCCGAAAAUAGAUGCGAUUGCACGCACAUUCUCAUCAUCCCAUCUCCCUCAACUCUUCGAAGCAGUCUCUGGCUUCUGAGCCCAGACAACACGCUGGAGAUAGUACGCAUGCGUCUUCUUGGCGCGAAACUCGCGGCGCAACUGCGCACCGUAAAGCAUGAUAUCCUCCGGAGACCACCCC